CUGGCGGCCCCGCCCCGCCCCGCCCCGUUCCCCUCAGGGCCUUCGGUGCUGGCGGUGACGUCACUCCCGCCCGCUGCCUGGCGCGAGGCGGCGGCGGCGGCUCCGGGCGGCGGCGCCAUGUUCCAGGCCUUGUACAACUGCUUCUGGUGGGAGCGGCUCUGGCUCCCGGCGAACCUCACCUGGGCCGACCUGGAGGACCGGGAUGGGCGCGUCUACGCCAAAGCCUCCGACCUCUACAUCACCAUCCCCUUGGCCUUCGUCUUCCUCGUUGUCCGGCACCUCUUUGAGACGUACGUGGCCACCCCCCUGGCCGGGCUGCUGAACGUCAAGGAGAAGAUCAGGUUAAAAGCCACCCCUAACCCCGUGCUGGAGAAGUUCUACGCUGCCACCUCCAAGCACCCCAAGCAGGCUGAUGUGGAGAUGCUCUCCAAGAAGAGCGGCUGCACCGUGCGGCAAGUGGAGCGCUGGUUCCGCCGCCGCCGCAACCAGGACCGGCCCAGCCUGCUCAAGAAGUUCAGGGAGGCCAGUUGGAGAUUCACCUUUUACCUUAUUGCUUUCAUUGCUGGCAUGGCUGUUAUAGUGGAUAAACCCUGGUUCUACGACCUCCGGGAGGUGUGGAAGGGAUACCCCAUCCAGAGCAUGCUGCCCUCCCAGUACUGGUACUACAUGAUCGAGCUCUCCUUCUACUGGUCCCUGCUCUUCAGCAUCGCCUCCGAUGUCAAGCGCAAGGACUUCAAGGAGCAGAUCAUCCACCACGUGGCCACCAUCAUCCUCAUCAGCUUCUCCUGGUUUGCCAACUACAUCCGUGCGGGGACGCUCAUCAUGGCCCUGCACGACUCCUCGGACUAUCUGCUGGAGUCUGCCAAGAUGUUCAACUACGCCGGCUGGAGGAACACCUGCAACAACAUCUUCAUCAUCUUCGCCGCCGUCUUCAUCAUCACCCGCUUGGUCAUUCUGCCCUUCUGGAUCAUGCACUGCACCGUGGUUUACCCGCUGGAGCUCUACCCGGCCUUCUUUGGCUACUACUUCUUUAACUUCAUGAUGGCCGUGCUGCAGUCGCUGCACAUCUUCUGGGCCUACCUCAUCAUCCGCAUGGCCCAGAAGUUCAUAACUGGAAAGGUGGUGGAGGACGAGAGGAGCGACCGCGAGGAGACGGACAACUCGGAGGAGGAGGAGGAGAAGAACGGGCCCCUGUCCAACGGGCACCCGGUGCUCAACAACAACCACCGCAAAACCGACUGAGCCACCGGAGCCACCGCCAUGGGGGUACCCC